AUGCCACCGUCUGAGACGACCCCGUUGCUCCCAGCAGGCCAGACCCAAUCGUCGCCAUCUUUCUACUUCCUUCGCUCCUAUUUCAACAUUCUUUUGGUUUUUAUUCCGUUGGUUACUCUCGCCCACCGUCUCGACUGGAGCGCCGAUUUACGCUUAGUCUUUGGAUUGCUUGCACUUGUGCCUCUGCCAGGACUUGUUCGAGGUUCGACAAAGCAAGUGUCGGUUCUUCUCCACCCGAUAGCCGCUAUAAUAUUCGACACAUCUUUUGUGGAUCUUGUUGAGAUAAUUGUCAAUGUGGUAGCCCUAAUUAGAGACGAUGUACUGCUAAUUCGGGCGUUUAUUCUCGGUUCAGUACUUGCCAAUAUCUUGUUUGUGUUGGGAUGUGCUUUCGUCGCUGAAGAUCCGAAACAAAAUUCCAGGCUACAAGGGCGCAAGCGAUUGGUUAUUCCUGCUGCAUAUUCGGCUACAUUGGAUGAUACCUCCAACACCGGCGGACUCCUUAUUAUUCACAGAGGAACAGCGAUUGUACUACUAGGGGCAUAUUUUGCCUUCCUGUACUUCCAGAAUCAAGAUGGAAGGGAGGGUGUUGUGGAGUGGGGUGACCGCGACUGGGUUUCUGGUCGUAUUAGAGAGACUAAUGGAGGGCCCGAUGCGACUGUUAAGAAUGCCAUUUUCGGAGCCAUAUCGUCAGAACAGCUAUCGGUCCUCGGGGUUGUAACAUACUUCUGUUCGAAGUACUUGAUAAUCUCUAUCCAGGACUUUUCAACAGAAUAUGAAGCAUCGAAAACUUUGAUUGGGUUGAUUCUGCUACCUCUCAUUGUAAACCUAACAAAACACAUUGGCUCUGUUCGCGUUGCUGUUGAGGAUGAAAUGGAGUUGACCAUCAUGUACUGCGUCGGGAGCUCUAUUCGCAUCGCAAACUUUGUCGCGCCGUUGUUGAUUAUUGGCAGCUGGGUGUCAGGCCACACCUUCACGUUCUCCUUUGCUAACUUUGAGACUGUUGUCCUGUUCGUGUCGGUCGUUUUGGUCAAUACCUUGAUCCAGUUGAUAGGCUUGUAUUUCAUCAUACUCCUAGCAUUCGGAAUGUCUCCUGGGUCAGCAUAA